UCGCGUCACUUCCGGGUGGUGUGGCUGCAUUCGGUGUUGCUUGCUCUUCAAGUCUGAGAACUUCUUAACUGACUUGGCUUAUUACACACACUGGGACAGAACUGGAGUGCACAAACUGAGCCACCGUGGUCAAGGAAGGGAACAUGAGCACCGAAAAGUGUACCAAGCGAGAAUGCAACGAAAGCACUGAAAAUGUGAAAAAGCGACAAAGGACGGAUCAAAGGCACCUAGCUGCCUUAGUUCUGGCGAGGGGAGGCAGCAAGGGGAUCCCGCUGAAGAACAUCAAAUCCUUGGCAGGGAUCCCACUAAUCGGCUGGGUGCUGCGGGCGGCAAUUGACUCGGGGACAUUCGACAGUGUGUGGGUUUCAACGGAUCAUGAUGAAAUUGAAAAAGUGGCCAAAAGAUUUGGAGCACGGGUUCACCGUAGAAGUGCAGAAGUAUCUGUAGACACUUGCAGCUCUCUUGCGACGAUCCAGGAAUUUCUCAGAAGAAAUGAAGACCAAGGUAUUGAUGUUGUUGCUAACAUUCAAGCCACUUCCCCUUGUCUGCAUCCCUUUCACAUCCAAGAAGCGAUGAGAAAAAUCACUGAAGGUGGUUGUGAUUCAGUGUUUGCCGUUGUAAGACGGCAUCAGUUUCGCUGGAAGGAAGUGAAGAAUGAAGGUGAAAUAACUGAACCGUUUAAUUUAGACCCCCUGAACCGGCCACGAAGGCAGGACUGGGACGGAGAGCUUAUUGAGAAUGGCUCAUUUUAUAUUGCAAAGUCUGAUAUGAUCCUGAAAGGAUAUUUACAGGGUGGCAAACGUGCUUAUUAUGAAAUGGGACCAGAGUACAGUGUGGAUAUUGAUGUUGAUAUUGACUGGCCAGUUGCUGAACAAAGAGUGCUCAGGUAUGGAUAUUUUGGAAGUAAUUCGGAAAAAGUGAAGCUGCUUAUCUGCAAUAUAGAUGGCUGUUUGACUAAUGGACAAGUUUUCUUGCAAGAGAAAAAUGAAUCUCACUCAUUUAAUGCCAGAGAUAUGAUUGGUCUGGCAAAUUUGAAGAAAAAUGGGGUUGAGGUACUUCUGAUCUCAGCUUUGGACUUGCACAACAACCAGUUAUUAGCUAAUAAAGCAGUUUGUGAACUAAAGCAAAAUGUUUCCAAUAAGCUUGACUUUGUUGAGACGUGGUUAAAAGAGAAGCAGUUGUCAUGGCAAGAAGUGGCUUAUUUUGGAUGUUAUGAAUAUGACAUUCAGUGUCUUAGAAAUGCUGGACUAAGUGGAGCCCCAAAGGAUGCAGCUGCACUUUCUUGUGAAACUGUGACAUUUACUAGCAAAAGCCCAGGAGGGUGUGGAGCACUGCAGGAAUUUGCAGAUUACAUACUGCUGGUCAAUGAAAAAUGUGCAAGCAGCCAUGAUAAAUAGUGAUACAUCUUAGAAAUGAUGAGCAACUUUUGUGGUAUUAAAUACUUUGGUUGAAUACAAAAAAAGCUUUUAAACUGGGAAAAUAUUCUGUAAAAUACUUACAAUGUCACUUAACAUUGCUUCUUAAAGUGAUUCAUUUUUAAAACCAAUUAUUUUAUGGAUUCUCAAAGCAAUUUACUGUCAUACAAGAGUGCAGGGUCCUAAAAGAGUAGCUGCAGGCUGUGAAAAUGGUAUAAUUUCACAACCACAGGUUUAUCUUUAAUUUCAGUAUUCUUAAUUCUGUAAAUCUUAAGAAUUGUGAACAAGACGGAGACUGCUAGCACUGUUAUAGACUGAAGGGUGUUAAUUUUGAAGUUCUGCUGUGACAGUGUAUUUUUUAAACUGCCGCUUUAAUUUUAAAUAAAGGAAAUUUGUUGGAAUUAAAUCAAGAUUUUAGGUAUAUUGCAAGACUUUUGUUGUAUCAUGCUUUUCAGCGAUUUAUGAUUCUUCAAAAUUUUUUAAAUUACAAUAUUCAUGUCCACAACUUUAAAAUAUAUUUUUUUAAAUCGGCCUCUUUUGGGAGAGUUGUUCUGUACAUUUUAUAAAGUUUUCAUAAACCUAAAAUGAUUUUUAGACGUACUGUAUUAAUUGUUUAACUCCCAGUUUCCUUAAUACACUUUUUAGGCCUUCCAUUCCUUUGUUUUACAUUUUUUUGUCCAACUACUGAUUUAUUAUAAAUAUGAAGGUGCUGGGUAAAAUUUUAAAAAGAUCUUUUUAUUUUUACAUUUUUUCUAUGAUUGUUCUUAUGAGAGAAAUCCUAGCUUUUAAUUUUUAAAAUUUCAUUGUAGCUUUGGUGUCAGAUAUGUGGACAUGAAAGAAUAUUUCUAACUCCAGAAAAUGCUGAAAACUGUAUUUGAAACAUUGCCCUUUUGGUCAGGAUGGUGGUAUAUUUUGUUGUGUAUUUCCUCCUUUAUAAACGUCUGUUUUCUUCUGUGCCAACCCCCUGAUUUAAUGUGAUAUUAUAUUAUGGGAUAGGAUAUGACAUUUAUUUCUUUUUUGCAUUUUCUUACAAGGCAAGGUAUUCAGUUGUUGCCAAUUUAGUGUCAUUAAUUAAGCAGUUUCUGCACCAUCAGAAGAAAUUUAGAAAUUUUACAUAAAUAUGGUGAUGACAACAUGCAAUUCCACACAUACGAUAAACUGACAUACAGUGCAUAUGAACUUGUAUUUCAGUCUGAGGAAAUCAUUUGAUUGGCUGCUUUAGAUAAAUAUAUGUAGAUGUAUAUUUAUUUUACAUUAUUGUCAUAUGUACAGAGUACAAUGAAAUUCUUACUCUUGUGUGCUAAUCAACACACAGCAAGUCGCCACUCUCCUCUUUCAUGAUUAUUGAAUAUGGCUACUUUACCUUGGAACGUCUUUCUUCCUUUCCUGAAAAAUCUGAACACACAUUAGGGCUUUUUUUGAGUAUCUGUGACUUUUGUAUUUUACACAAUGUUUUCCCAGAACGGAAUGUUUAGGUGUAAUAAGGCAUUCUUUCCACUGCAACUUAAACUCAUUAUUAUUACCUUUUGCAGUCACAUGAUUGAAAAUGGCUUGUCUGUUUAUUAUUGUGUAUAAGUGAUAACACUUGAGGAAUAACAGAUACUACAUACGUAUACACAUCCACCAAAAAUGUAAUUGUUUUUUUCUGGGAAAUUUUAGUUUCAUGUGUUAAUGUUCUUUUAAUCCUGAACAAGAUAUUAAUUUGUUCUCUUUUCCAACAAGCCUGAGGUUAUUCUGGUGCAUAGAAUGUUUUGAUUUGCUUUGUUUAUAGGAUAAAAUAUAUUUUCUAAUUGGAAAGAAAUACAUACGAAGUGAGAGUACAGUUUUACAAUGUACCAAUCAAAACAGGGUAUGUAAAACAAAUACAGUACAUAGCAAUGUACAAAAAUGUACAAUGUGUGCAGUGGCAGCUUUUGAAAUACUAGAUGCCUGUCAUAAAACAAUCGGUAAGGAUAUUAUUACAAGUUUAUGCUACCCAUGGCUGUUUAUUAUAUGUGAAAGAGCACAGGCAUAUAUCUGCAGAGUUCUGUCAGUGGUAUGGCUCAUGGAUUACAUGUUUGCCACAAGUAUGUUUUCUCAGUGGUUUUAAUACCCUACCUAGAAAUAUUUGGAGCUGUUUUUUCUUCUUCAGCGCUCUGUACAUGACCUUAUGUCUUCUCACCCCUUAAGCACUACUUCCUGAAUGCUAAGGAGUUUGCGCAGAUUACAACACCACAAACACAGACCUGCUUUCCUCGAUUGGUAGUGAUACUAAUAACUCAUGCCCUUUCUGCCCCUUGCUUGCUCAAGUGACCAGGAGUGUCCUGGACAAACUGUAUUUUAUGACAAUUUUAAAAUCUAUUCAUUCUUGUUCUGUUACUCCCCUAUCUAUAUCAGGAUCUUAACACAAAAGUGGGGGAAGCAGCCCUGUCUGCAUUGGCAGUCCAUUAUAGAUCCUGGUAACAAAUUUAUAUAAUAAAAAAAGUAGGAAUUCAAAACAGAAUUUGUACAUUACUUUAUUAUUGGAUUUGACUAUUGCUAAUUGAAAUACUGCUUUAGAUAUGCAUCAUUUACAAUGUGGGUUAUUUUUUUUUUAAUAAGUACUUAUGUAUAAUGUCAUACAAUCUGUUUAACAACACAUCUCCAAAUUAUGUUUAAAAUGUAAUCAUUUAAUACUAACAUAAUGCAGAAAUGAGUAACAUGAAUGCAUUUAUUUUUAUUUAUAAGGCUGCGUUUACUAGAUGCUUGUGUUAAAGGCUGCUAAUCACGGAUGGAAACACUAAGUAAUCAGUCGAUCGGGUUGCUCUUAUAAUUGUCAAAUGAAUGAAUGAAAAAAGCCUAAACACCUUCUUCUAGUUCUAGAUGUUGCAUGGUUCUAAUUAUGUCCUUCUUUCUGUUGCUUUUUCUAACUUGCAAAUCAGUCAUCCAUUUUCAGCAGCAAUAACUAUAGCAAUCAUAUUCUGCUGUCCCUUUUUUGAUUUUCUGGAACCAUUUGUAAUGCCAUGGGAGACUGGAGCCCAUUUGGACAGGAUUGACUGAAUAGGGUGCAAGGCCAUCACAGCACACACUCACACAUAAUAUCCACACUCAUUCAUUUGAGGCUACUUUUGUCUUUAGGGCCAUGAAAUUGGCAGGAGUGUAACAUGAAAUUAAACCUAUUCAAUGUAUACAUCAAUGCUGACCUUCAGCACCUUAGUCUACAACUCUUGGACAGCCCUAGUAUAAAGAAUUAGCAAAACUGCUUCUGUACGCUGAUGACUACCUCUUGUUCUACGCAACUGUGGAUUAGGUGCUAAUCCAGUAUUCAACAAAUAUUCAGUUGCACUAAAUGUUCUCAUCUAAAUCAGCUAAGAAAUUGACGAUGAAUGAUUGAAUGAAGUAAUCAUCGUAAUAAUUACUUGUAAUCUUUUUAGUAUUAGUGCCCAGGUAUAUUUUUUUGCACACUGUUUACUGGUGUCUUUUAUAUGUCAGCUUUCCAGUUUGAUGCUUAUUCUAUGUUUUACUUUUUCCGCAUUUUUAACUCUUGGUUUCUUGAUUAUUUUUUUUGAUUGGUUAUGCAUGAUGGGGAACAAUGAAUGAAAUUUUUUAUGUUGUGAUAGAUUGAAUGAUUAUAAGUGACUUGUGUUGUAGUAGCCAUAAAUGCUACUCAAAGUGAAUGUUCCUAGUAGUAGAGGAACUUGUUUGUUGAGUUUUUCUUAAUUUUAUUUCCAAAGAGAUGUCUGUUUCAAAUGGACUGAAGGAAUGUAAUGAAUAAAAGUGGAAAGUAUUGAUAUUUGACAAUGUGCAUUUUUGAAAUGUCUUGUUUACAUAUUUGAUUUGUUCUGUUUUAAAUGGGAAUAAAUGUUUGGGUGGAAAAAUGA